AUGAACAAUUACAUCCUUCGCCCUGCUGCUCCUGAUAUGGCCAAUUUCCACUUUCAUAAUCCCCACGCCCAUCAGUUUGAGCAAUUCCCUGAAAACUACCCGUUUCCUCCCCAACAACAUCAACAGCACCAGCUUCAACAAUUCCACCAGCAGCAUCCUCCACCACAGCUUUUCCUGAGACCUCAUACUUCAGGUACCUCGGGAACGUCAGGGCUGCUGUACCAGUUAGUGCUAGACGAAACUGACCCUUUGGCGCCGGCGCCAAUGACUUCAGGCUAUGAUUUUUCGUUUUCUGAUUAUGCCGAUAUGCGGACGGCGACUCCACAACAAGAAGAGUUUCAGAUUCCUUCUCUGCAGAUGAUAGGACCAGCAGGCGCCCUGUUUAGCCUGGCAUUCCAGCCUGACCAGUUUGCCAUGGAACGGGAUCCAAGGUUAAACCCAGAAUACUUUCAGGAGGACUCGGCCGACCUACGUUUGUUGAUGUAUGGCCUUUUCCCUGGCCAAAAUGAACCGCCAAUUGGUCAUCCAGGUCCAAUUGGAGGUGCUAUUAACGGUGGACCUCCAGCCCACCCCAAUGGCUCCAUGAACGGCAAUCCAGAAUUUUCUGGUAUUCCACCAAUGCCUCCGGCCCAGGCUCAGAUCCCUCCACCACCUCCACAACCGCUUAGGGCGCCUUCGCCAGCGAAGUCUGUGUCCCUUGGCCCCACUGACCUUCCUGAUAAACCACCACUUCUUGUCACGGACGCUGUCAGAAAAACAAGACCAACAAGGAAACGUGCUUCCCGCUCCAGAGCCCCCAAACGUCCACUGCAGGGCUCCAAAAGCUCGUCUAGAGACUCCAACAGCACAGUGUUUUCUAGAGACCUGCUAGACUCGCUCAGUUCAUCCAAUCUGGUCACUUCUAUUGAAUCCAGUCUCACCAGCCCGCUGAAAAUCAGCCCGAUAGCACCCACGCUGGUUCCUUCAAUUCCUAAUGUCCUUCCACAACAUCAUUGCAAAAUAGUUCGUGGUGUAGCCUCUGGAGGCUCCUCCGUUCGUCCUCCUGAACCGCUGCAGGGAGACCUUCAGCACUUACAAGUUGAGCUUGUAGUUGGAGGCCAGCCGGUGAAGGAUGUCUGUCAUUCAAAAUGGUCCAGAAAUGAGAAACUCGAUCGCCGUCGAAUUGUACGUAUUGAACGCAGACAAAAGGGCCAUUUCAUAUACAUCGACUUUUCUGUUGUUGGGUACGCAAACGACCAUCCAGAAAUGGAAAAACCACCUCCAGAUACAGAUGUCGUCGAAGUGUCGUGUUUGGCUUGGGACCGGGCCAGCGACGAAGACAAACCAGGCACUAAUUUCUACAUCACGUCCGUUGAAGUGGUGGCCAUUGUUGAAACACUCAUUCAGUCGAAGUUGAUGGAUCUGAAACUCCGUCGCAGAGAACGCGGGCGUAUCCGGCUGAACUUGUUGACAUUCUGGCUGAAGGCGUCGUACCACUCCAAAGCGAAAGAAGCCGAGAGACGGGCUGAAGAGGAUAGAGAAAUGACUGAAUCCCAAAAAGAAGCCGUGCUUGAAGCACAAAGAGAAGGCCAAAAACGCAAGGCAGAAUUUGCCAGACUGAUUAUGGCCUACGAAGUACGCAAGCCUCGUGGUUUCGACAAAGGAUUCAGAAUUCUUAGAUGGGACAAACUCGUCCCUGCUUUACAGAGAGCCUUACAGUGUUACUAUGCUGAAAUGACCAGCGAACAGAGAGACUUGUACACACUGAUGGAGUGCUCAACUGCAAUGAACUGA